UUUGUAUUCGGCCAGUAGUGUUCCAGUGGCUGAACGCUCGCUUGCCUUAGUACGAAUAGAGAAAAAAAAAGAAAAAUGGCGGCAGAUUGAUAGUUCGGUCACUAUGGCCAAACCAAAAGGUCAUCCAGCCACCAACACAACAAUGGCCUGGGCCAACACCAUGGACGCAAACUGUCAAAUUGAAAAUGACGUUUUACUUUUUUAUCUAAAGAUGGCUUGGGCGCUGGUGCGAUCAGCCAUCGAGCUAUUUUAUACUAAUAGGUUUAAUAUCAUGAUGACUGUGAUAUUAGUUUUAGUAGUUUAUGCUAUUUAUAAGUCCUAUUGGAGUCCGGUGCUAUAUAUCAAAGAGCUAGCUGACAUCGGUUACGACCAUAUACCAAAGGGGGCGAAUCGGGAGAUCCGCAUCGCCAGGGCAAUGAAGGGCCGUCAACUGGGGGUCAAACUGCCCCCACCCUACCCUAACGGGUGGUUCGCUGUAGCAGAGAGUGGAAAUCUGAAGAAUGGGGAUGUCACCAGUAUCGAUGCUUUGGGUCAAAACCUAUGCGUGUACCGCGGCGAGGACGGCGUCGCACGCUGCGUAGACGCAUAUUGCCCCCACCUCGGGGCAAACUUGGGCAUCGGGGGCAAAGUGGGGGGCAGCUGCAUCGAGUGCCCCUUCCACAAGUGGAGGUUCAACGCUGAGGGCGCAUGCGUCAAUGUUCCGGGACAGGAUAGCCCUCCCAAAGGCGUCUCCAUCCGAACCUGGCCUACAGUAGAGGCCGACGGGGCCGUCUGGAUCUGGCACGACGCCGACAACAGGCCUCCAUUGUGGACCGUAUGCGACGCCGACGAGUUGGCCUCGUGGGGGUACAGAGGCCGAAAUGAGUUCGUUGUUGGAUCGCAUUGCAUGGAUAUCCCGGAGAACGGUGCCGACGUGGCGCAUCUCAACGCGGUGCACUCCCCGUCUCUGCUGUCCAGCCUUGGAGAGAAGUACCCCUUCCUGCUCAACUUUAUAGGUCAGCACUCAUGGUCGGCGGAGUGGUCACGUGGAGAGGGUCACGAGGCCACGAUGAAGCUGGAACACCACUACAAGAUGGGAGACCUCAGUUUGUUCCAUAUGGACGUCGUGGCUACACAGAUGGGCCCCGGCCACGUCCGCCUCCGCAUAGACACCGGCUUCGGCCCCCUACUGAUCUCACAAUCAGUGACCCCUAUGGGACCCCUACUACAACGCGUGGUACAUAGAAUGUUCUCGCCAGCGUAUAACGCACCAAUCGUAGCCGGGUUCAUAUGGGGAGAGAGCUAUAUGUUUGAGCGCGACGUCACGAUAUGGAACAACAAACGCUACAUGAGCUCGCCGGCGUACGUACGGACGGACAAGACAAUUCGCGCCUUCAGGGCAUGGUACGCGCAGUUCUAUAGCGAAAAUAGCAUUAGUUUCAAGGACGCCACUCAGAACCCUUUAGAUUGGUGAACGCCAUCUAGUGGCGGGUAGCAAAAGUAGUUUG